AUGUGUAGCCCACCGUUCUUUCACCGAGCGCCCUGCACUCUGAAUCUUAAGCUGCGGGUCCUUCGGAGGAGACUUCAAACAACCGGGGCCCCGUGUCACGGCAGACGUUGGCAGGAUAAAAUCCGUUGCUGCUUCAUAGCCCGGAGUAUCGAGUUAAGGUCAAAAUUUGUUCGUACUGAUUGUAAUGAUCACCUUGAGAAAGGUCACACUAAUUCCGGUGUAUACCCGAUUUAUCCUUAUGGUACUGACUCCAGUCCUAUCAAAGCUUACUGUGAUAUGAACACAGAGGGAGGCGGCUGGACGGUUAUACAAAAACGAGUGAAUGAAUCCCUGAGCUUUGAGAAGAAGUGGACGGCGUAUAAGAAUGGUUUCGGAACACCGGAACAGAAUGUUUGGAUCG